ACAUUCAAGCACAACUUCUUAAAUAUGGCGGCGGGUAGAAGCGAAAUAACGCCCAUGUACAUCUACAGUACAGGAAUCAACAACAGAAUGGGCUGUCGGUGUUUUUUGAGGGCAAUCUGUCUGUUUUGGUUACUUCAGUUUGCAACAGUCCAUUCCGAUAUUACAGACGGUAAUGCUGAACACCUUAAACGGGAACAUUCACUCGUGAAACCUUAUCAGGGAGUUGGGACGAACCCAUCCAGUCAGUGGGAUUUCUCUGGAAGCACCUUGGUGACUAGUCAGUAUGUUCGCCUUACUCCUGACGAGCGUAGCAAGGAGGGUUCUAUCUGGAACACCGUGCCCUGCUUCCUGAAGGAUUGGGAGAUGCAUGUGCAAUUCAAAGUCCACGGGUCGGGAAAGAAGAAUCUUCAUGGGGAUGGCAUUGCUAUAUGGUAUACCAAGGAGAGACUGCACCCUGGGCCCAUCUUUGGAAAUCAGGAUCAUUUUGUCGGCUUGGCUAUUUUUGUGGAUACCUUCCGCAAUGACCUCCACGGCAUGGAUCGUUCGUUUCCCUUCAUCUCCGCCAUGGUGAGCAACGGCACGGUGGCCUACGACCACGGCAAAGAUGGCCGCCCCACUGAGCUUGGAGGAUGCGCCGCCGAAAUCCGCAACAAGGACCACGACACGUACCUGGCCAUCCGCUACUCCAAAGGACGGCUGACGGUGAUGGUGGAUGUCGACGACAAGAACGAGUGGAAGGAGUGCAUCGAUAUCGGAGGGGUGCGGCUGCCCACUGGCUACUACUUCGGGGCCUCCGCAGCCACGGGAGAUCUGUCUGAUAAUCACGACAUCAUCUCGAUGAAGAUGUAUCAGCUGAUGGUGGAGCACACCCAGGAAGAGGACAACCUGGACUGGACCAAGAUCGAGCCCAGUGUCAGCCUACUCAAAUCCCCUAAAGAUAACGUUGACGACCCGACGGGGAAUUUCCGCGGCACGCCACUAACAGGCUGGAAGGUGUUCCUGCUGCUCCUGUGUGCCCUGCUGGGCAUCGUGGUGUGUGCUGUGGUGGGCGCUGUUGUCUUCCAGAAACGCCAGGAGAGGAACAAGCGCUUCUACUGAGGCACCACACACACACACACACACACACACACACAAAGACUUUGGUCCCCAUCCCGGGACUGCAAUGUGAAUUUUUUAAGACUGCAUCAAGAACACCACACAUCCCUUCAUCUUUGUUUGUAACCGUGAACUGGAGGGAAAUGGCAAGGAGAUACUAAGAAUCUUCUAGAAGUUUUGCUGUAAAGGUUUGAGUGAUCUUUUUCUCACUGAAAGGUAACCUUAAGACUGUGACGUGUUGAUUGGUAGGUAAAGCUUUUCUUUCUGAAGUGAAUCUGAACAUAUACGCAGACUAACCCUUGUUGUCUGUGAUUUGAGUUGAUUUCUUUUCUGUUUAUUUGUUUGUUUGUUUUGCUUUGAGUUUGUCCUUCUGGCCCAUGCAUUCUCUUUCUGGCCUAGUUUACAUAUGAGCGAGAUGUGAUUGAUUUUAUGUUUUUUUACGCACUGCUAGAUUCACACUCUUUCUCUAUGAUUUCGGUGGGAUGCUUGGGACUGUCUGGGGUCUAGCUACUGUAAUUGAUUGCCUUAUUUUCCUGGCUUUCUUUAGACAUUUAAAAGAGAAUUGGGGUGGUGUGUGUGGGGGUGUGUGUGGGUGAGUGUGGCAGGGGCAGGAGAUGGCUGGUGGGAAUCUUGGGUAUAAGUUGCAUCCAUUACAGUCCACUCAAGAUAAGUCUGCAAAUGACGACUGUACAUUUAAGUGAAUGCUGUGCUGUUGAGAAUCCCUUGCUUCUAAACAAACCCACAGUCUAGUCCUGUGUAAAUGGCUUAAUGACAUGAAGGUGUGCACGCAGCAUAAUAAUUGCAAAGGUCUGCUGUCCACGCUGAUGGCUAGUAAACUGUCUGAUGCGCUUAUAGCAUUGUAUGGGACAUACCUGAACCACACUUUGAGCUGGAAGUGGUUAUCUGCCGUGGUAUCAUCAGAAAUAAGUAUUAGCCUUCUCUGUGUGUGGUAUAUCACCAUGGCAACGGGUGCAGACCAGAGGGCGAAGGGGAGGAGUGACCUCCCAGGCUUUACUCUCGGCUGUUUCCAGGGCAACACCACUGGACAUCCACUUAAAUCAGUGUUGCGGGAGUCUCUGUGUGGCUCUCUUGAGUUUGUUUGGGCUUGCCGUGUUACUGAUAAGUUGUUCAUGAUAUUUCAGUCCAGCGCUAUCCGACUGUCAUCAUAGAGAAAGACAGCAUUAUUCUGUCAUCUUAGAGAAAGAAUGUAUUAUUCUGAAGUUGAAUGACCAGUGUUCUCCUGUCUGCAGGAAUAAAAAAAAAAACAGACAUUAAACAUCCUGUAAAGUUUCA